AGCACCUCGGCUUACAGAUGGGUGCGGGGCCGGGCCAGCUUGGCUGCAUGGGGCAUGGGGCCCCACUCAGACCACACCGUGGGCACUGACCUGGGGUGGUUCAUGGUGACCAUGUCCCCGCCGGCAAAGACCGCAGCCACGGCCUGGCUCAGGUCACCAGUGAUGAGGGAAGCAGCCGUCACAUGCGAGAUCAGCGCCUGGUACCACCUCUCAGGAAGCGACCAGCUGGUUGCCUACCCGGGCCGGAUUGCGGAGCCGUUUCAGCUCAUCUUCUCCCUGACACAACUGCCCAUGUGCGGGGCAGAGCUGGCACUCGAUGACAUCGUCUUCAGGAAUUGCGGUUUGCAGGAGCCCGGGCAGCAGAUCUGUGGGGUGGAGGAGAGCUGCUGCGGCCGGGGCUCCUGCUUGGCACAGCACCGCUUCUGCGAUGGCACCGACGACUGUGGGGACGGCUCAGAUGAGGAUGCAAAGCAGUGCAAAUCCUUCACCCUCUGCUCCUUUGAGCAAAAUCUCUGCAACUGGAAAGUGGAGGUCGGGCAACCGGCAUGGGAGAGGAACACGAGCCUGAACCUGGGGACUGCAUAUGGCAUCCCCAUGCGGGACCACAGCAAUAACAGCAGGGCGGGUUUUUUCCUCCACGUGGGCAGCACCUCAGCCACGGGGGUCAGUGGCACGGCACGGCUCACCAGUCCCACUUUCCAGGCCACCAACUCCUGCUCUCUUGUGCUGUACAUCAACCUCCACGGCUCGGCCACCAGCAACCUCAGCAUCUCCUACGUGACUAACUUCACCACGCAGCUGGUGAGGGAGAGGACAGGGGACCUGGGCAGCUGCUGGGUCCGGGAGAGAGUAGACUUCAACGUGACAGCAAGCAGCUUCAAGGUGCUGAUCGAGGGGGUGGCCGGCAGCGCAGGGACCGUGGCCAUCGAUGACCUGAUCUUGUCUCCAGGCUGCAUGCAGGAGCAGGAGGAGCCUUUGACCACGCUGCUGAGCCAGGCAAGUGCCAGCCCCUGUGCGGCUGGGGAGGUGGCCUGCGACAGUGGGGGCUGCAUCAGGGCAGAACUGGCCUGUGACUUUGCCAAGACGUGCGCCGACGGCUCUGAUGAGAACCACUGUGGAGCAACCACCUUCGAGGCUGGGACCGGAGGCUGGCACGAUGUCAGCGUGGGGCGUCUGCGCUGGAGCGUGCAGAGAGCCACUGAGCUCGCUGCCACCAACCUCACAGGUGCAGGGGCUUUCCUGGCCCUCCAGGCAGGAGAAGGACAAGUGGUGGCUGCUGCAAAGGCACGCACACCGCUGCUUGGCCCCUCCGGCCCAGCCUGUGCCAUGGAGAUGAGCUACCGCAUCCACAGCGGCCCCCAAGGCUUCCUUGCUGUCAGCAUCGCGGAUCACACGACUGGCACCACCCAUCUGGCGUGGCACACGCAGGGGCAUGGCGGCACAGCUGGGGGACAAGUCCGCAUCCCGCUGGGGGAGAGGAGACGGCCCUUCCAGGUCGAGCUGCUGGCACUGGUGGAUCUGCAGAACUCGGCAAACGCCGUCGUCGACAGCGUGACAUUUGUGCAGUGCCACAUCGACGCGGUGCCACCAGGGGCCAUGGAGCUGUCCUGCAACUUUGAGAGGGGCAUGUGUGGCUGGUACCAGGAUCAGUCCAGUGACUUCAAAUGGGUCCAUGGCACGGGGCAGGGGCACGGCUCCGACCACACCACCGGCUCAGGUAAGUGGCUGGCUCCUCUCCUGAGGACCCUGGGCAGCCCAGGACACGCCACAGCCUUCUGUCCCCAGAGCCGAUUUGUGUCCU